CCUCUAAAAAAUCAUCAAUCGCGUCAACCCCUACACAUCAAAAGAAGGAAGGAGACACAGAGCAUCUGGGGACUCCUACUUUAAGGAAAUCCACCAUGGAGAAGAAACCCAAGGUUAUGUUCACAGGAGUCAUUGAUGAACAAGGUGAAAAGGUAUGGACAUGGAAUAUAACAUUUAGAGUCUUAUUAUACUAGAAUUUUUUUUUCAUUCUUGAUGAAUUAUUAAUUUAAUUUGUAGUGUGGAACUACUGGAGUUCAGCCAUUCUAUUUUUGGUUUAAAAAAAACAACAUACAUCAUAUAAUCGUUUAAUUAUCUUGUAAGAGUAUUUCUGGUCUAAGAGUUAUAAAUGUUUAUUUAUAGAUAUUUAUUUAUAUAUAUAUAUAUAUAUAUAUUUUAAAGAGGUAAAAGUUUCUUUCAUAAUUGAUUAACUGUCAUAAUAUUUUUGAGCGAGACACUUGCAUGGGCAGCUGCCGUUGCCAUGUCAAAGUCUUUUAUGGAAAGAAAUUUUGAAAGGGAUUUUUACCUAUUUUAGAAAGCACAAUAAAAAGCUGUGUUUGAGUAACAGGGUAACGUUGCCUGAACAAUAGUAUGAUUUUUAUUCACAGAUUGUGAGAGAGCUUGGUGGUGAGAUUGCAUCCAGUAUCCAAGAAUGCACACAUUUGGUCACAGACAAGGUAGAUAAUCUCUAAACUAUCGGCAAUGUUGAUUGAAGUGUAAUUAUAUCCUAAAUACAAAUAAACCAUUUUGGUUAUUUUUAUUUCCUUUAUUCAUUAUUUCUGUUAUUUUACUAAGGUAAAUUCCCAGGUUGGUAAAGUCCUCAUUUUUAAUAUCAUUGCAACAAAUUUCCAUUCUUCUUCUUCUUCUAUAUCUUAAGGGCCCACGAUCAAUUUAUUGAUCAUUUUGGCUCCUAAGCAUGGAGAUGGGAUUUGCAAUGUUUCUGUUACUGGUGUUGAUGAGGAAAUCAUGCACUAGGGGUUUGAAGGCUUGAGGCAAUAGACACAAAUGUGUUUAGUGUUGUCGCCUCAACCGUUCCUUUUGAAAGAUUGUUCCAGUCCCUGAUUGUCUUGGGCAGGAAUGAGCAGCUCCUAUACUGGCUUCUUGCUGGUAUGAGCCUGAAUUGCCUGUCAUGGCCUCGUCGCUGUCUAUCUGAGAUUAAGUAUUUUUGUUUUUAGCCUGUCCCAAUGAUCUUCAGCCAAGUUAUUCCUAUGAGGAGAUGUUUUGGAGAGCUCUAGCUGCCAUACCAGAGUGCCGCUGUAGUUUUUUUAAUAGCAUCAAUAACUCAACUAUUUAAAAAAAAUAUUCAAUGUAUUAUUAUAUUUCUAUGCUCAGAUACGGCGUACUGUAAAAUUUCUCAGUGGACUGUCCAAAGGACUGCCCAUUGUGUCACCUCAAUGGCUUGACAACAGCAAACAAGCUGGAACUUUUCUAGGUGAGGCGUUGAAAUUGUGCUCAGAAAUUUUGUUUUCUAGUUUCACAGUUCAUUCAAAUAACUGAGGGUUUGUAAAAAUAGAUAAAAUUAGAAAUUUCCAAAUCAAUUUUAGUUUGUUAAUAUUUAACUGUGAAACUUUGCACCAUCAAUUUUUGUGGAUGACGUUUGUAGCUUUACAAUUAUUGAAGCUUACAUUGACGUACAUUAGAAAUUCUGGUACUAAUAUUGUAGGAAUGAAAACUUUUAGCUCUUAAAAUUGAGUGACUAAUCUCAUACCAACGUUUCUGUCUUUUUGAAUAGAUGGCCACAAAUACCUUGUGUCGGACCAGGCCAUGGAGAAGCAGUACAAGUUUGUGCUGUCCACCUCCAUAUCAAAGGCCGCCAACAACCCAGUGUUUCAAGGCCUCAAAGUUCAUGUUUCCAAAUCUGUCCACCCGGACCCUGCCCAGAUGCAGGAGAUCUUACAAUGCGCUGGCGCAAAGUACUUGAAAACAAUGCCGAAAAAGAUAUCUGAGAAUACUGUGGUGGUGUCUUGCGCCGACGAUGAGGAGCUGUUUCAGCCGGCCAUCAAAGCUGGGAUACCUGUGGUUGAGGCGGAGUUUGUUUUGACGGGAAUCUUACGUCAGGAAGUGGAUCUCAAAUCGUAUCCUUUUCUUACUUUUUCAUCCCUUUCC